UUUAUAGAUUCAUUUGUAACCAGACCGUCACCAUGAGAGGAAGGAAAAGCAGAAAAGACUGCGGUACCGAAGAAGGAGGCAGGAUGAGAGAUCGCUCUCGGGGAAGGAGAAGAAAGAGAAGCGUGAGCAAAGAGGACACAAAGGCCCAGCAGAGUGGGGAAAAAAUGGCCGAGAAGAAGAAAGAGACUAAGAAGGUUCUAGAAAGUACCACGACUUCGGAUCAAACCCUAGCUGACAAGCCGAAAGAGGACACCAAGGAGGUCGCCUCUGCCAUUAAAAAGACAGGGACUCCUCUGGAGAUGGUGCGCCACUGCUGGCAGCUAGACACCUGGCUGCUGGACGAGACGGACGAAUCCAAACCUCUCUUUGAGGAUCAGAUGGAGGAGCAGAUGGACAAGGAAAGUACAUCCCUCAUUCAGGCCACCAAGGGCUGCAAGCAGACUGUGCAGGAUAUGCAACAGGAAGAAGAGGAGCCUGUGAAAAGACCCCAGGCUUCCCAUCGAGUCCAGAAAGGAGGACAGAACAGAAAGGAAACCAGGAAGAUCGCAGCUGCCCUGAAAAAGGCAGAGGAUCUUCUGGAGACUGAGCGCCUCUGCUGGCUGCAGGAGAAACUCUCAUUGCUGGAGGAGAUGGAGAAAUCUGCAGCUCUCUAUGAGGCUCAGCUGGACGAGCAGAAAUGCAAGAACAAAACCCUCGCGGCUGCUCUGAAAAACGUUGAGCAGAAGCUGGAGAGUCAUCAGGUUGAGUGGCAGGAGGAAAAGAAAUCCCUCAUUCAGGCCACAGAAGGCUUCAAGAAGACUCUUCAGGAUAUGCAACAGGAAGCAAAGGAGGCUGUGGAAAGAUCUCAGGCUUCCCUUCAAGCCCAGCUCGAGGAGCAACGAGAGGAAACCAGGAAGAUCGCAGCCUCCCUGGAAAAGGCAGAGGAUCUUCUGGAGACUGAGCGCCUCUGCUGGCAGCAGGAGAAAAUCCCCCUGAUGGAGGAGAUGGAGAAAUCUGCAGCUCUCUAUGAGGCUCAGCUGGAGGAGCAGAGAUGCAAGAACAAAACCCUUGCGGCUGCUCUGAAAAACGUUAAGCAGAAGCUGGAGAGUCAUCAGGUGGAGUGGCAGGAGGAAAAGAAAUCCCUCAUUCAGGCCACAGAAGGCUUCAAGAAGAUUCUUCAGGAUAUGCAACAGGAAGCAAAGGAGGCUGUGGAAAGAUCUCAGGCUUCCCAUCAAGCCCAGCUUGAGGAGCACAGACAGGAAACCAGGAAGAUUGCAGCUGCCCUGGAAAAGGCAGAGGAUCUUCUGGAGACUGAGCGCCUCUGCUGGCAGCAAGAGAAAAUCCCCCUGAUGGAGGAGAUGGAGAAAUCUGCAGCUCUCUAUGAGGCUCAGCUGGAUGAGCAGAAAUGCGAGAACAAAACCCUUGCGGCUUCUUUAAGGAAUGUUGAGCAGAAGCUGGAGAGUCAUCAGAUGGAGUGGCAGCAGGAAAAGACAUCCCUCAUUCAAGCCACAGAGGAUCUCAAGAAGACGUUGCAGGAAAAGGAGCAGGAGUGGGAGGAGAAAGAAAGCUCCUUGGGGUCCCAACUGGAAGAUCUCCUGAGCAAGAAGAAGAAAAAGAAGAAGUGGUACAGAUGGUUCUUAUGUUUGGCCUGAUUCAUGUUCAGGAACUGUUACUGAAUCAAACACACGCCUGAGCUAUAGGUGGUUUUCCCCGGGUGCUCCGGUUAGCCAACCUUUAUUAAAGAAGAAAUUCUUUAAUAAAAACUUUAAAAAAAAGUUCAAUUAGUUCAGGUGUGUGAAACCGGGUACCGGUUCCUGAUCUGGGUCUUACUUUCUAUACUUCUAAAUGAACCAUUAAAAUGUCCAUUAGUCUUUGCACCAUCCACGCCAAAAGGAUCGCCAUCGGCUGGUCGAGAUCACAACACAAAGGCUCUUUUAAGAGCCACCUGACAACACCAGACUAUACAGUAUCAGUAGAACCAGUACCUGUUCCUGAUGUGGGUCUGCAAGGGACUCCAUCUAAGUUUUCAACGCUAAUUGUCCUUUGCCACUGAAAUGGUGAGCUUUGAAGGCUUUCUUCUGUGAGCCAGUCACGUCUCCAUGGCAACUACAGGAACCACACCACCCCACAGCGACGAAGCGAUAAGAUGGCUAACCACUUGUACACCUAGCAAUACUAGUUCUAAGAGUAUCUUUUGAUUUUAAUCCAUGUAGCUACAUUUGUUUUCGUCAUAAUUUGAAACAAAAUAAAACAAGCCAAAGGCA